UCUACAGCUCCUGCGAUCUACCGAUCCAGUGAUCUACAGAUCCAUCGAUCUACCGAUCCAGCGAUCUACCGAACCAGCGAUCUACAGAUCCAGCGAUCUACUGAUGAUGCGAUCUACAGAUCCAGCGAUGUAUAGAUCCAUCAAACUAUAGAUCCAGCGUUCUAACGAUCCAGCGAUCUACAGAUCCAGAGAUCUAUCGAUCCAGCGAUCUAUAGAUCCAGCGAUCUACACCUCUAGCGAUCUACAGAUCCAGCGAUCUACCGAUCCAGCGCUCUACAGAUCCAGAGAUCUAUCGAUCCAGCGAUCUAUAGAUCCAGCGAUCUACACCUCUAGCGAUCUACCGAUCCAGCGAUCUACAGAUCCAGCGAUCUAUAGAUCCAGCGAUCUACAGCUCCUGCGAUCUACCGAUCCAGUGAUCUACAGAUCCAUCGAUCUACCGAUCCAGCGAUCUACCGAACCAGCGAUCUACAGAUCCAGCGAUCUACUGAUGAUGCGAUCUACAGAUCCAGCGAUGUAUAGAUCCAUCAAACUAUAGAUCCAGCGUUCUAACGAUCCAGCGAUCUACAGAUCCAGAGAUCUAUCGAUCCAGCGAUCUAUAGAUCCAGCGAUCUACACCUCUAGCGAUCUACAGAUCCAGCGAUCUACCGAUCCAGCGCUCUACAGAUCCAGAGAUCUAUCGAUCCAGCGAUCUAUAGAUCCAGCGAUCUACACCUCUAGCGAUCUACCGAUCCAGCGAUCUACAGAUCCAGCGAUCUAUAGAUCCAGCGAUUUAUAGAUCCAGCGAUCUACCGAUCCAGCGAUCUACCGAUCGAGCGAUCUACCGAUCCAGCGAUCUACCGAUCCAGCGAUCUAUAGAUCCAGCGAUCUACAGCUCCAGCGAACUACAGAUCCAGCGAUCUACCGAUCCAGGGAUCUAA